AUGCGAAGCCCGUACAAUACGGCAGAGACUUAUUCAGAGGAUGUGGCUGGAGUCCCCAUGGAGGUUUUCAGGGUGAGCGCCUACUACAUGGCACCACAGGGUCUGAAUGUAGUGAACUUGGUAGCUGCGUGUCCCAAAGGUGGCGUCCUCUUCACCGAGGAUAUGAUCUCUUGGCACGUACCUUGCCGUGUGACUCCUCUGUUGGAUGGCAGAAUUACAGUCUCAGAAAUGCACAUGGGAAUCAAUGGGCAGAGGCUUGAUAGAUCUCAGAUGGCCGCACGGGGGUACACACUGAGCACCACUGACUUCCACAUCGUCGUCGAGAUCCCAGUGGGCUCGCCUGAUGGUUACUACAAGAGCCAUGCCCCAGAUUACCAGUACCACAUCACCUACUUUGUGGAGCCCAUGCUUGAGGUACUGUGGAGGACAGAUGACACCCAAGAUAAUACCAGAUACAAGGUUUUGUUCCCCAUCAUGACCCCUCUGAUGCCUCAAUCUCCCCAAAUCCAGGAUGACACUGUCCCAGAGACUCGGGUGUUCAGCGUUCUCUUGGGAACCUUCCUCCAUGACGUUGAGCUGAGGAACAUCACCUUCUCCACCGGGGUCCUCACUGUUGAGGAGAGCAAUGCCAAAGGCUUCACAGUCCAGGAACACAGCUUGGCUAAUGGCUCCAAGAGCUUCUCUCUUCAAGUGCCCUUUGAUGCCGAUGUUGUCUUAAAACAUAAUCCUGAACGCUUGGUUACAUCCUACUUCCUCCCUCUGAUCUUUGGGUUGAUCAUCCUGCCUGAAGAAACUCCUUUUGCUCUCCCGGUCGACCUGCAGGCCUCUCUGCAGGAUGUUGUGUUACCCAUCAUGGCUGGCACCUGUGACCAGAACCAGUUUUACAUCAGCGUGAAGUUCGGGAGUCACGGCUCUAAUUUCAAGGCUAUCGUUGGACCUCGAGAGCUGACGGCUGAGAUGGCUCAAGACUACAAUUUCUAUGAGAACAGCACACACCUCAGCCUCAUUCUGCCAUACACUGCCAAGGACGCUGUUUUUGAGCUGCUCACUGCAGAAUCAGUCAAAUCCAGAAUUGACCUGAUUCUGUUGGAUCGUGCAAAUGACUGGGUGCUUGCUGAUCUAUAUCUGGCUUGCUACUUCCCCUUAAAAGCAACAGAGUGCCACCCCAAUGGCACAAUGACCGCUGUGGCUGUGAAGGUUGAAUCGACUCGUAAUCUGAAGCCAAGUCAGCUGACGCUAAAGGACCAGUCCUGCACACCACAGUUCAGCGACGAUCGCUUUGCAUAUUUCUCCUUCAGUGUGGAUACCUGUGGAACCACCAGAACGUUCUUUGACGACUACAUGAUGUAUGGAAAUGAGAUCCGCCUGUCUUACAACAACGCCCAAGGAGCAGCCAACACAUCACCAGUUGAUCCUGAUUACAGGCAAACCAUUUCCUGCUUCUAUGUGGUCAAUGAGACUCAGACUGUUGCCUUCAGCGCUAAACCAAGAACCUAUGAGCCGGCUGCAGAGAUCGGCACCGGGCAGCUGAUGGUGCAGAUGAGGCUUUCCCAAGAUCCAUCCUACGAGCUCUUCUACCAAGCAGAGGAUUAUCCAGUGGUGAAAUAUCUGCAGCAGCCUCUGUAUUUUGAGGUGGAGCUGAUGCAUUCUACCGACCCGCACUUGGAACUCAUUGCUGAGAACUGUUGGGCAACCCUUUAUGAAGAUAGGACAUCUCUGCCAAGCUGGGACAUCAUUGUGGACAGCUGUGAGAAUCGCAAUGACAGCUAUGCAACAAUUUUCCAUCCCGUUGUGAGUGACUCCAGAGUUUUAGUCCCAUCCCACAUCAAGCGCUUCUCUGUAAAGAUGUUCACUUUCACUAAAGAUGACAAGGUUCUGAAAGACCAGAUCUAUGUCCACUGUGAUGCAGUGAUUUGUGACCCAAGCAGCCAGGCAGAUGGUUCCUGCAGAGGCCAGUGUGUGCAUCCUCCAGGUCAGAGCUACUCAAGACCUGCAGGUGUAAAAAAGGAGCGAAGAAGCACCGACUCAACACGCCAAAGGCAGAUCUCCUCUGGGGCAAUUAUUCUGUCUAACCUUUGAAUAUGUUCUGAAGUAUUUACAUUUUGUCGUUUGCAACUUAUGUACAUUUGUUCAUUGUUUUGUUUGGCACCAGGGGAACAGUUUUAUCAAUGAAUGUACUGUACUGCCUUUUAUAUUGAUGGAUGACAAUAACGACUCGUGUAUUUUGAAGAAAAAAAUCAAAAUAAAAUAAAAGCCA